UCGUCUCGUGUAUCGUGAGCCAUGUUUACGAAAAUCGGAAAGAAUUUGUUGCUCGUGACGAGUUUCAGUAAAUUUGCCAACGUUACAAACACUUUGAGACCCAUUUCGACGACUCCCCUUCGGUUUUGCGAUCACGGUGACGACAAUCCCGACGGCAAAGACAAGAAAAAGCCCGUCAAACCUGAAUUGGAUCGCACAAAAAUCAUUCCCGUCGAGACAAGUAUCCGGUAUUUGGCAAGUGAGGCAUAUAAAACGACUUACGGCACCGAACCAGUUUGGGUUCAGUAUCGUCGGAAUCACAAAGGUCAACUUGCACCACGAAAGACACGAAGAACUUGCAUUCGUGGAGGAGUAAUUUCCACGGGAUCGCCUUGUCCCAUUUGUCGUGAUGAAUAUUUGGUCUUGGAUUACAACAAUUUGGAACUUUUGAAGCAAUUUAUUUCACCUUAUACAGGAGACGUUCUGAGUUACAGUAAGACAGGAUUGUGUCAGAAGAAACAUCAACAACUGCUUGUGGCAAUUGAACGUGCACGCGAUCGUGGCCUUUUGACAUUCGAAUUGCCAUUCAGGGAGUACGAUUACUCCGAAUAUUACGGCAAGGAUUGGAAAAAGAAAGCCACAAGUGCUUAA